CUUAAUUUCUUAUCGUGUUGUUUUGUAAAAUGGUUAUCUUAGUUGAAAAUAAUAUAUCCCAUUCACAAGGUCAUUUAAUAAGGCAGAAAGAUACAACAUUAUAUCUUGACGAGAUAAGUUUUGGCAAAGGAAAUCUCUUGAUCAACACAAAAAAUAUAAUAUGGGUGAAUAGUGAUAACAAAGGUAUAACUCUUAGUUAUUUACAUCUCUCAGCACAUGGAAUCAGUAGAGAUAAGUCACGAAUAUCUGAAGAAUGUUUAUGUUUAUUUUACAAUAAAAAAAUCCAAAAUUUAUGUGACAUGCUGAAUAUAUCAGAUAGUAUAUAUAUCGAUACAACAACGGAUAACCAAAAUCAUAUAAAUUCAACGUCAUUUGAUUUUAAUGAAGGAUUGUUACACAAUGAUAAUGAUUCUGAUAAUGAAUAUGAAAAUACAAAUAUAUAUUUAGCUCCCUUAGAUAAAGGAACAUUGGAUUCUCUUUAUCAAAGUAUCAAGGAAUUUCAAAGGUUGAAUCCAGAUCCAGAGGAACCACUAACUAAUGAAGACGAUUAUUACAAUGAAGAUGACGAUGAUGAUUCUGAAUACUGGCAACCGGGAAGUAUUAGGGAAAAUGAGAUCGAAGACAACAGCAGCAGGCUUGAAAGUUACCAUUCGAACAAUAACGCCGAAAAUAAUCCCAAUCAAAUAUGGCAAGUUCCGAUCUUUGAUGUGAAUGGGCAACUUAUCUACAAUAAUAGCCACCCACAAUGUGAAGAUGACGAAACGUGGGUCCCACCUAGUUUGACACAAUCCUCUCAAAAUAUUAAUAAUUCUUGCGGAAGAAAUCAAGAUGUGCCAGAUGGAGAUGAACCCAUGAAUCUGGAAUAGAAAAUUAUAUAUAUAUAUAAUUAAAUUUCUCUGUAAAUAUUAAAAAUGUAAGUGUUAACGAUACAUAUUUUUUCAAAUAUUUUCUCAUAAUUUUUCAUCAAUAAAGGUAUUUGAUUUCUA